AUGAAGGCAUUUCUAAGGAGUUCCGAUGGCAUCUUGGCACUGAGGCCAAAGACAACUACGAUAGGAAAGCACAAUGAUUCAGACAUCGUACUUAAGUCUCCAGGGUUGGAAGACCACCAUGCAGCCAUCGAGUUCAGUGACGCGGAGCACAGCUUCAUUCUUCGGGACUUCAACACAGGCAGCGGCACCUUUGUGAACGACUGCCACAUCCAGAACGUGGCCGUGAAGGUGGGCCCAGGAGACGUCUUGCGCUUUGGCUCUGGCGGGCCGGCCUUUGAGCUGGUGCUGGACCAUCCGCCCCAGGUGCCUUGUCCUCUGGUGAAUCGGCGCGUUGCCUGGCCAAGUCAAAUCCAGGUGGUGACAGAGACCGCUUCCCCUCCAGCGGCAGCCGCUGCUUCCCAGUUUCCGCUGCUGCCGUCUCAGCCUGCCAACGCCAGCUGGCCCUACGCAGCCAGUGGGACCUCGCCUCAUCCCCCCAUCAGAAAGAGGCCCGGGAGCGCCAGGGGCAGGACCGUCUCCUCCUCUGCCUUGUCUCUCGAUGCUUCUGGCCGGCCUCCAGCCACCCUAGCAGGAAAUGGAGCCCUGACUGGUCCUCUACCCAGCAGCCACCUAGGGGAUGCGCUUCUCAGAGAGAGGGAAGAGGCAGUUUUGAAACUGGAGGAUGAAAUCGACCGUUUGUCUGCCUUUGAAAGCGAGUGCACUCGCAAAGACACACUGAUCACAGAGCUUCAGCGCGAGAUUUCAGCAAUGACCGAGAAGGUGACGGCAACUCUCGCCAAGAAAGACGCAGAGUUUCAUCAGAAGCUCGCGAGCCUCGACAAAGAUGCUGAUGCCAAGGCAGAAGAGAUCAAAAGCUUGAAGGAGCAAGUGACCAGUCUGCAAAAAAACACCAGCGAAGUCUUGUACCAUUCCCUCUCGGAGCGAGACCUGCAAAUUGCACAUUGGAAGCAGGAGCACGAGGCACUGAAGAAGAGCUAUUCUCUCACCACAGGACUGGUGACCAGUUUGCAGAAAGAUGUUGUUUCGAAGGACCAGAGAAUACAGCAGUUAAGAACGGACGUGGAUAAAUUGAGGCAGGAGAGCCGGGAGAAGGACAACCAGCUCGCCUAUAUUUCUGCCCAGUGCUCUAGAAUUAAAGCGGAAACCAAGCGCGAACUCAGGGAAAGAGGCAUAAGUGCAUAUCAGACUCGGAUCUCGGAGCUGGAGCGGCAGGCCAGUCAGUCCAAAGAAGAGAUCAGGAAGCGCUGCGCAGAGCAGGAGACCUUGACCCGAAGGCUUCUGGAAGUGACCAGGGCCGAAGGGGAGGUGAAGAAAGAGAGCGAGAGGAGAUGGCAGCAGGUGCAAGAGCUGGGCCGCCGAGAGCGUCUCCUGCGUUCGGGGAUGGAGCAGGCCGCUGCUCAGGUGCAGCGUUUUCGGAGCCAGGUCUUGACAGCCCUCUUUCCGGAACCUCCUGAGGAACCUCUAACUGACGAGCAGAUUGUUGAGGAAAUCCAGCAAAUGCAGGAAACCAAGGAGGGAUACGGCCAGAAGCAGGCAGCCCUGAAGAAGGAAGUGCAGGCCAAGGCCUUGGAAAUGGAGAAACUGUCUUCUGACCUUGCCCUGCUGAAGAAGUCACUCGAUGGAUUUCAGGAUUUCUUGAAGACGGCUUACUGUGGCAACAGCCUGAAGGAGGAGCUCAGCCGCCUGCAGAGCCUGGCCCCCCUGGCCCCCCUGGCCUCAGGAAUCCAGGCCUCCCUGACCCGGAUCCUCUACAAACUGUUGGGCUGGGUGGAAGCGAUGGAGGUUCUGCUCCGAGACAUGGGCGCGGAUGCCUUGGCUGGGGAAACAGGGAUGGCCUUCUACAUGAAGCGGCUCCUGGAUCGACACCAUAACGUUAUGGGGCAGGUUCAGACGCUGCAGAACCAGCUAAGGAUGGCGGAAGAGUCUCAGCACUUGAUCCUGCAAGAAAAGCUGAAGGAGCUGAAAGAACAGCUGGAGGAGGAGUUCCAGGCCAAAGAAAGAAAGAUGCGAGAGGAAGAAAAUAAGCAGAAGGAGGUUCUGGCGAUGAUGGCCACCCUGGAAGAAGCCAAGUUAAAAGAAGCCCUGGAAGAAGAGAGGAGAAGGGUCCAUGCGUUGGAAGCUCAAGUGAAGGAGCUCUCCGAGGUGAUUGAACAGAGAACAACCCUGGAGGGGGCUUUAAAUGCCAAGAUAAAAGAGAGUCUGGAGGCUCUGGAGGCAGCAAUGAGGAGAAAGACGGUGGCAGAAGAGAAGCUGUCGGUCUGGGAGAAGCGGCUGAAGAGCCUGGAAGAGGAGGCCGAGUCGCUGAAGCAGAAGCACCAGGAGGAGAUCUUGGAGUACAAGGAGCAGGUCAAGCAGCACGCCAGGACCAUCGUGGAUCUGGAGCAGAGGCUCGCAGAAGCCGCCCCGCAGGCGAAGGAGGACGGCACGCCAGAGCAGUCGGAAGCAAAGAAGGAGGCUGGCAAGCCGUUACUACCCGCCUCCCAAGAGCUUAUCGUGGAAGAGUUCCAUGCCUUCCUGAAGGAAGAACUUGCAGCCGCAAAGAAGGAGAUCCAGGCCAACCAGGCUGUCAUUUCACAGUUAAAGAAGGAACUUUCCAAGGCGAGAGCCACGAUGUCCGACGUGAUCGGAGAGCUCAGCGACAAGCAGAAAACGGAGCUGGAAGAAAAGCGAAGCCUCGUGCAGGACCAGGCCCGAGAACUCAGCCACCUCCGAGAGAAGCUGUCGGGGACGUCCAGGCUGCUGAGCCAGAAGGAGACAAAUCUCCAAGCCGUCUCUGAGGAAUUAAGGAAGACCAGAGAGAAGGUGAAGCUGCUGCUGGCGGAGGCGAAGGAAAAGGCUGCGGAGCAGGCCAAGGUUACGCACCACAAGAGCAUCCAGACCAGGGGCCCCCUGCAGGACGACGCCCUCUCCACUGCAAAGGAACCCCCCCUCCUGUGCCUGGCUGACCUGGGGGCGAGGUGCAAAGGCUCGCGCCACGACGAAACCAUCCGUCGCCAGAAAGAGGCCCUGGCUGAGCUGCGGAAGAGACUCAGAAACCUGGAAAAGGGGCAUCCUCUGGACCCUGAAGCGAAAAACUUAGAGCCGCUCCUCAUCCUCAGGAAAGGGCUGGCAGAGAAAGACCAGGCCACAGUGUUAGCGGCCACAGCGGACAUCCACCAGGCUCCACGUGGCGUCUCCGGCUUCGAUCCCAACGUGACGACUGAGAGGACCGCAAAGCUGGAGAUGGCAGACGCGCUGGACCUCAGCGAGAACCUGUACUUCAGCUUUGUCCGAGGUCUCUCCAGCCUGAUGGACGUGGAGGAGCUGAUGGGCUUGCGCACCCUCAAGCACCUGCCCCAGGGCGAGCGGGAAAAGGUGAGCCUGCUGCGGCAGAAGGAUCUGGACCUGUUGCUGGACAGGAUCAGCAAGUUGAAGACCCGCCUGGAGAGGAAGGAGUCCCUGCUGAAAGAGUAUGAGGGGGACUUCGGGCACCUCAGGAACAACAGGCAGACUCUGCAGGCUUGCCAGUCCGAGAUGGCCAAGUUGGCAGACCAGGUCUACCGAGACGCAGAAGAGAAGGCCCUGCUGAAGGAGGCCCUGGAGAGGACACGGUUGCAGCUGAACCAGGAGAAGAGGCUGAACAAGGCCCUGAAGAAGCCGAAGACGCUAACCCUGAAGAAGCCGCCCUCCGAAAAUCCGAAGGCAGCCGAGGGGCCGAGGGACACCUGCAAACCCCAAGUGCAUUGCAGUGGCUGGGCCUAGGCUGUCCCCCUUCUGGAGAGCUGUGGGGCAGGAACGCUCCCGCUGCUGUAAAUAGGAGAAAUGGUGCAAAAAUGAUGUGUUUCAUACAUACGUAGACACCUCGUUGUACAGCCAGCCGGUGGCCGCCUCUGGAUACGUCGUGCCUUGAUCGUUAGAAAAGCACCAAGGACGCGGUGCAAAUUAUGUAUAAAUGUAUAUGCUCUGUAAUCCAGCCACCGGUGUCCGCUGAUGUCUUUGGGGAACGAGGGGUGGGCUUCAGCUGGGUCGAGGCUCAUCACCAGUGGCUGCCCUUCGUUUGGGGGCGCAGGGGGCAGGACAGUGGUUCAUAAUGAGCAAGUAGGGUAUUCGGGGUGUUUUAUGGGUACCUUGGGGGUGGGGGUAACGUCAUAUUUGAGUUGGGUGCAGGCGCUGGCCAUUUCUCAGGCACAUCCACAUGGUUUUCUGGAUCGUGGUACAGAAGUUGUUUGCCCCAGUCUCCUAGGAUGUUUUUUGGACUUCCAGGUCUAGCCACAUCCACCCUCUAGGUUUGGCCAUGUCUGGCUUUUCACGAUGAGCCAAGGUUUGCUAGACCCUCGCUGGACUCGGGGGGGGGGUCUGUUUUUAAAAUCGGAAGCUGGAAUUGGAUCAGCAGGAACUGCAGGAUGGCUGAGCUCCGUUCAGACCUCGAUUCCCAAGCAAGCCAUGUUCCAGCCAGCACGGUGGGCAAGCCCAGGGACAUGAGGCUGAUUGCAGAAAAGGAUCCAGCCCAAGGAGAGGGCAUUGCAGGUGGGUGGGCAGCCUGGCAGGCCCGGAAAAGGGAGGCAGAGCCUGCUGCAGCCCGUCUGAGCAUCCCCGAGAAGGCCUGUCUGUCACUUCAACUCCCGCCUCUUUUCACAAGCUGUCGGCCCUCUGCGUCCGUGUUUCCCUCUGAAAAUACAGGAGAUUGGAAAGGAGGCUUCGGUCUGCUGCCCGAAACCCACAGCGCGACGCCCAGGCCUUGGCAUCUCCCUGGCUGCUGUCGCCGCUGCCAUUUGUAGCCCCAGGUAAACCCGAUCCUUGCCAAAGCUUGGCCAGCCGGCACGUUCUCUAGCGUCUCCAUCCUCCUCGUGGCCAGCCAGCCAGCUGUCCAGCUGUCAGGAGGCAGAGAAGUGGGCAAGAAACACCCACAGGAGCAUCUGCAAAACCCCGGGGGUGACCGGAUCUUCCUGGAGGCUUUGCCCUGCACAACACCCUUCCUGGAAAGCGGGCUUCGGACUGGCAGCGCUGCUCUGGGUCUUCCACAAAAGAACGCUGGGCAAGUAAAACCGCAUCCUUUUCGGGUGGCAAAAUUCACCCGGGUCUGCCCAUCAUGUUACAGGUCUUGCUCCCAAAAAGGGAGGCUUCCCGAGGUCCAUGAGAAACACCGUGGUGUGGGCCUUUGGGGCCAGAUCUUUUCAGGCCCUCGGGCCCUCGCAGCUUCCACAAAUGCACAGCUGCUUCAUCGGCCCUUAUGAGGGUUUGGUACAGGUAAAAGUAGGCCUGCUGAUGCAACUCGGUGGGAAUUAGGCUUGGAGAACAGGGAGGUAACAUACAGAAAGGGAGAACAGGAGCGUCUUCGGUUAAAGGCCUUAUGGAAAAAGAUCCCAGAUUUCAGAGCUCCGUUUUGGGGCCGUAGGACACAAUACGAGCACCCACAAAGUACCUUUAUUUAAAUAAAAAACAGAAGCGGGCCCUGUGGUGAAAUUUGCCAUGGAUUUGAUCCUUUUUCCCUCGUCUUCCCUGCUUCCCUCAUUUCUCCUUCCUCUCCUCUUUCCCCGUUUCUAGAGCAUUCGCCUUAAGGAACUCAGUCAAGCGUUGUUUCCGUAGCUCAUUUUCUUCAGCCAGCUAGAUUCUCCGCCCUUUAAGGACAUUUUCUUGCAGCUGAAGAAAGAUCUUAAGGUUAGAGGCUAAAACAGCUGCUCUUGGCCUGAGCACAGUUGCUGGUGCUUUCAGUCCAGAUUCACAUAAUCACUGGAACUAAGAACUAGCCAAACAAGCUGGGUUUGUGGACACAGAGGAAGCUGCAAAAAGUCUAAGGAAAGUUAGCUGUCAUCUGGCACGUUUAUUCCAAAAUGCGGGGGCCACGCUGAAAAAGGCCUGCCCUCCAGGAGUCCUGGCAAAGGUGUGCAAUACAUUUCUCUGACUCAGCCAGCUAAUCGAUGUGGCUUCAAGUAUUUCCAAGUUGUUUUUUUCUCUCCUUUAACCCCUCAAAAAGCACGUGAGACUGCACAAGGACAAAAACCGAUCACCCAAAGAAAACCAGUGAUUUGAUAUUGGCUCUGCCCAUUUCAUGCCCAAGGGUUAGGGUUAGGGUUAGGCUUUUUUUCCCCAGAAGACCAAUUAAAUCACCAGCAGAGUGUCUCUGAAAAAAGGUGUUCAGCAAGCGAGUUGUUGACAGCUUAGAAACGUUCGAGAUCUCUUCUGAUAGAGCACUUUGAAGAAGCCACCAGCUGCUGCCUUGUUCUGCCAGGUGCCGACACCAGAUCACCUGGUGCUCGGAAAUGUUGAGGCGCUGGUCUCCCUCCUCAGGAUCUUUUCCUGGGCUUUGCGUGGCCUCCCUGCAUGCUGCUUCUGCAGCGACCGGGGGGGGGGGGUCAUCCAAGGACACCGCGCAUCCUCUAAGGCUCCAAGCGCUUUGCAGCAGCCCCACCAUCUGUGUUCACCAGGAUUGUUUGGGUGCUGUUCUUCCUGCCAGCAGCCUGUUCUUGUCCUCCCGGUGUAAUUGCACCCUCCCGAAAUAGCUGAGCGCUUCCUUCUCUCGCUCUGGCUUGGCAGGAAGCUGACCUCCCCAAAGCCUGUCUUUGGGCAGCCAGUCCCAAGGCACCCACAAGCUUUGCCUCCUUCGCUGGAGUCCCGGGAGGUGUUUUUGCUCGGCUGGUUCCAUUUAAAACGUUCCCGGUGAGCGUGCUCUUCUGGCCUAGAGUCCCUCCGCGUCCCUCACAGGCUGAAAGGCCAUGCGGGUCUUUCUCCCUGACCCAGCAUCUCCUUUGCCUCUUCUCAAAAAGGGUGGAGGCCGCUUGGGGACUCCGGAGUAGGCCAGAGAGAAGAGGACUGGGGGCUGCCGAUGACUAGUUCUCUAAAGUGCCACGUGGAGCCAUUUCUUGGGAGCUGUCAAAACAGCUAGGAGCCCAAACCAGCGUUCUGCAAAACGUGGAAUCUGAAAUCCCCAGCCCUAAAUUAUGCAUGUUCUGCGAAAGCUUCAGAGACAGCCUUUGAAAGCUCACGUCGUUUCCAUCUGGCUUCGGAUCUGUGUGGGUGCAGAACUAAGCUUGAUGUGAUUGCUGGCUUUUAUGUCUGUGUGGGAAGGCCUGUUAUUCAAGUCCAAAUGGAAUAAUUGCAUUAUUUUCUCCCUGAGAACCCCCUUGGCGUCCUUUGCGCAGCUCGCAAAGAUGUGGCUGGGCCCGGGAUGGUGUCUCAGCCUGGAUUGUGGGUUAAGUUGUGGUUAACGAGGAGCGUUUUUAAUAAACGUCAUAACUUUCUCAGCCAGACCACAGCCAAGCCCUUUCACCUUUCUGCUGCCCUCCAGUGGGGCCUUCCAGCCGCCCGCUCGCCCAUCACUCCCCGACCGGCUAUCUGGAGAAAGCCCAGGUCAAACGAGGGUCCUCUCCGUUCCUGAAGGCAGCAGAGGGGCUGGUGCCGGGGGCCCUGGAUGGAGGAGGGCAUCAAGAUGGACUCCCCCAGAUGUCUGGGGGCUACCCAGACGCAAGGACCGCACACACACACCUGUUCCUGUGAAUGGUGCCCAAACUCUCCUCCCCCUCGCAAGAAACAUUCUCAGCGCAACAAGGCCUGGGAGAAAAGCCACGCGCAAUAAUGCUGCGCUAACAGAAGGACGAGGAAUCAGUCGGGAUGAGUAAGGCCUGCUCUCUGUAGCAGAAAGGGCCCGGCCUUUUACUCUCCGUAGAAACGGAAAGCAGAUUAUCAACCACCUUCAAGCCACGUGCGGCCUUCGUAUAUCGACCUGGAGGAUUUCAGAUAUAUUGAUCUAUGGAGAGACAAUGCAGCAUCGCUAGGAAGCUAACGUCCAAGAUGGACCCAACAGGAAAGGCAAGGAUUUACAGUGAUUUUUCUUCCUGUUAAGGGUUACAGAGUUCCAGGCCGUCUGCUGACUGUCACGUUUCAAGCCCUGUAAAGCGCAGGGGCUCAACUAACUUCUUCAGUGGCGAAAAUAUGAGGAGUUGGAGGAAUGCUUUGUGCACAAGGGCAGCGGCUCUUUGGGGGUGGGCUCCCCAGCUUUGGAGAGGGACAAAUUAGUGCCAGACUUGCUUUUCAAGAGUGAUAAAACCCAAAGUUUCCCCUC